GUCUAUAAGUUGACGGCUGAGAGAGUGACCGAAGAGGUGGUGAGCGACGAACACAAGCCAUUCAUUGAUCGUAUAUUUUAUCUGAAUCUGACGGCAGAGGCGGGAACUUAUAUCAAAGAGUUUGUACACUCGGACUUUGGCCGCACUGUCCCGUCGUUGGCCACAAUCUUAGGCGGCGAUUGUGCCGCUGAUAUCAUACAACUCGAUGUUAUGAUCGGAUCCAAAGCGCCACAGAAGUGCUCAGACCUCGAGGAGUGUCUCUCGACAAAGAUAUUUUACGACCCGAACAAAGACUUUCAAUGUCUGGACGGAUCGGCAUCUGUUCCCUUCAUGUUAGUCAACGACGACUACUGUGAUUGCGAUGACGGCAGCGAUGAGCCGGGAACUAAUGCCUGUCCUAAUGGACUCUUUCACUGCUCUAAUCUCGGAUACGUCGAGAGUCUGAUCCCUUCUUCGCGAGUCAACGAUGGCAUCUGUGAUUGUUGCGAUGCCAGCGAUGAGUACAAUAGUUCAGCUCAAUGUCCAAACAAUUGUCUCGAAAUGGGAGAACAGUUACGCCAAGAGAGAGAACACCAUUUAGUACUUCUUAAGGAGGGAAAUGCAAUUCGAGAGCAAUAUAUCAAUGAAGCGAAACAAAAGAAGGAGAACUCGAGACGAGAACUCGAAGAACUGAAGCGCCAGAAAGUGGAAGUGGAAGACGAGAAGAACGCCAAAGACGCGGUCAAAAAGGACGCCGAAGAGCGAGAGAAGGCAGCGCUCGAUGUCUAUAAGGAAAUUGAGGAUCAAAUGAAACGCGAGAGAGAAGAAGAGGAGCAGAAGAAACAACAAGAAGAGGACCGAAAGUUUGCCGAACAGGCCUUUAAUGAUAUGGAUCUGAAUAAAGACGGACUCCUAUCGUAUACCGAAGUGCAAGAGUUCUCCAAAUUCGACAAAGACGGCGAUGGAGUCGUCUCCGAAGAUGAGGCUAAGUUCUUCAUUCACGCGGCAACAGAGAUGGCAUUUGACGAGUUUGUAGAGUCGGGUUGGGUUAUAAUGAAACCCUUUUACAUGAAAGACAAAACUCUGCAUGAUUUCCAAACACAUGAACAGAAUGAAGGUUUAGAAACUAAUCCUUCAGAACCCGAUCCCUCUCCUGAUGUGAACACAGAGGAAGAACCUAUCGAUGAGACAAACACUGGAGAGUCGGAGGCUGUGCCUGAAGAGGAGGACGACGUGGAGGACACUCCGCCGCCUUUCUUCCCGCCGAAAGACGCCGAACCGGAGGCCACGACCACAACACAGCCCACCGUUGAAUACGACGACCAGACGAAGCAAUUGAUUGAAAAGGCGAAAGUGGCUAAAGAGGCCUAUUCUGAGAUUGAGGGCAAGUUUCUCGACAUUAACAACAAAAUCCGCGAAAUCGAAGUCACACUCGAGACUGAUUACGGACCCAACGAUGAGUUUAUGGCACUUCAGGGCCAGUGCUUUGAGUUAACUGAUCUCGAGUACACCUAUAAGUUGUGUCCAUUUGAUAGCGCCUCUCAACGGCCCAAAGUUGGCGGCUCUGAGACUAGUUUGGGUCGUUGGGGCAAAUGGGACGGCGACGACAAUAAUAAAUAUAGUCGAAUGAAGUUCGAAGGCGGGGCUCAGUGCUGGAACGGACCCGUCAGGUCAGUCACUGUACACCUGAGCUGUGGCACCGAGAAUGAGGUGUUGGCCGCCUCCGAGCCCUCCCGCUGUGAAUACGCCUUUGACUUCAGGACACCCGCCGUCUGUUGGAGUCAAUCGCAUAAUGAAGACGAGCGACACUUGCAUUCAGAGCUCUAAUUAGUUUUAAUACAGAGAUUAGGUUUUUAUGAAUUCACGAUUUAAAUCAAUCACUCAAUUGAAUAAAAUGUUUUAUUGAAUUAUUGUAUUAAGCGUUAAGUCAUAUUGACUUCAAUUUAAAUUAUAACUUUUGUUAACUUUCCCUCUC